ACGAAGGGGAGAUCAGAUCGAUGCAGAAGAUGGAGACAGACCCCACAGGAGGCCACCCAGAGGAGCCACAUACCAGGCAAACCAGUUCUCUGCAGGAUGCACCCAGGGAAGACAGGUUGGCUGGACUCCCCAGGUCCCAGCAACACAAGCAUCAGCCCCUCUUUUUGGAAAAGAAGAAAGAAGAUCCCAGGAGGCUUGGGCCUCCCCAGAGCAUGUGGGAACUAGAGGCGGAGGAGCUUCAGCAAAACCAGGAGAAAGGAGCUCCAGGGACAGGGAUGUGCCUGGAGAACUCAACACCUAGCAUCCAGGGACAGGGGAAGGGGGCCAAAGGGACUCUGAAGGAGGUGAUAGGGACAGAGGCUGAGGGCAGGAGGGGGUUGCUGAGUGCAGAGGGCCAGAGAACAAUAGAUGCGACUUAUGAAGGGGAAGCAGAGAGGAGUCAUAUCCAUAGGCUGCUGGCCUCCAGCCCCAAAGUGAUGAUAGGGGAUGCAGUGUCAGGGAGCCGUCAGGGCGGGAAAGUGCCCAGCAUCCCGAGGGAGUUCUGGGUCCUUCAGGGCCUGGAAACAAAGGAAGGCUCCACCACGGAGAAGCCGCAAGAGCAAAUAGGAGUGACCAAUGCAACCAGGAGGGAGGAACAAGCAGAGAUGGCCUUGCAGGAUGUGGUCAAGAUUCUCAGACAUGGGCUCCAGACAACCAAGAAGCAGGCCCAGCACCAGGAACAGCUGCUGAAGGAGCAGGAAGCGGGGCUGAAGGCACUGCAGGAACAGCUCCGCAGCUGUGACAGCUAUCAAGCCCUGAGUCACAGAGGAGGCAUCAGUGGCCACUCCAAUAACACAGCAGCUGUAGCAGCAACAACAGACUCUGCCCCAUGCCAGCCGGAAUCUCUGGAUAUCAACAAGUAUGCGGUGGUCGUCAUCUAUGCCCUGGUCUUCCUGCUGAGCCUCCUGGGAAACUCCCUGGUGAUGCUAGUCAUCUUAUACAGCCGGGUGGGCCGCUCUGUCACCGACGUCUACCUGCUGAACCUGGCCAUGGCUGACCUGCUCUUCGCCCUGACCUUGCCUAUCUGGGCCACCUCCAAGGCAAAGGGCUGGAUCUUUGGCACAGCCCUGUGCAAGGUGGUCUCACUCCUGAAGGAAGUCAACUUCUACAGUGGUAUUCUACUGCUGGUCUGCAUCAGCAUGGACCGCUACCUGGCCAUUGUCCAUGCCACACGCGUGCUGACCCAGAAGCGGCACUGGGUCAGGUUCAUAUGUUUAGGCGUCUGGGUCCUGUCCUUGAUCCUGGCCCUGCCCGUCUUCAUCUUCCGAAGGGCCAUCCACCCCCCCUAUUCCAGCCCAGUCUGCUACGAGGACAUGGGUGCCAAUACAACAAAAUGGCGGAUGGUGAUGCGGGUCCUGCCCCAGACCUUUGGCUUCCUCCUGCCCCUGCUGGUCAUGCUGAUCUGCUACGGACUCACCCUGCGCACGCUCUUUGCGGCCCACAUGGGGCAGAAGCACCGGGCCAUGCGGGUCAUCUUUGCUGUCGUGCUCGUCUUCCUGCUCUGCUGGCUGCCCUACAACCUGGUCCUGGUUGCAGACACCCUCAUGAGGGUCCGGGUGAUCGCGGAGACCUGUGAGCGCCGCAAUGACAUUGGCCGGGCCCUGGAUGCCACCGAGAUCCUGGGCUUCCUCCACAGCUGCCUCAAUCCUCUCAUCUACGUCUUCAUUGGCCAGAAGUUUCGCCACGGACUCCUCAGGAUCAUGGCCAUCCAUGGCCUGGUCAGCAAGGAGUUCUUGGUCAAGGACGGCAGGCCUUCCUUUGUUGGCUCUUCUUCAGGGAACACUUCUACUACCCUCUGAGACUGCAGGCAGGGCUCCCCCCUUCCCUUCAGCAUCCGCCCCAAGCCGCAUGUCCUCUGGCUGCUCACAGCCUUGUGUCAAGGCAGCCCCCCAUUGUGGUUACAGGAAGUUGCUGAGGCCACAUCCUUACUAGGUCCCCAGCUAUGGAUUCGAAAGCCCUGGCCCCUACCUCUUACCGUAAUUACCAUGUCAACUGCUAGGGCUCAGUCCAUCCUACCACUGAGAACACAGCACUCUGUCUUCUGGCAGACAUUCUUUGAAGAUAUUCUUUUAAGUGAUUACAAAAAUUUCCUACCAUUGGGAGGCAUUAGUGUCAAACACCAUUGGUUGCUUCCCCAACUCUCCCUUUCCUUGCCGGCUAAGGAAGUCCACCUCCCUUGAGAGAGGCUGAAAAUGACAGAUACUCACUUUCUCAGACUUCCUUAAGCCAGCAGUGGCCAUGUCAUCUGCUUCUGAUAAAUAAGAGUUAAAGGCAAAUUGUGUGCUGGUAAAUCACUUUCCUGGAGGAAAAAGUCUUGAUUUGUAGCGUUUACCACGUUCCGUGGUGUAAAUAAAUGCUCCCAUCAUGACCGAUUUCAAGGUGGCAGUGUUUAGCAACGAGAUCACAAGGUCUAGAAAAUGUAAUAAUCU